CGAAAACACCGUCGGACCGACGCGAAUGACGUCGGCGUGCGGGAGGCUUCCGGUUUUACAAUCGUACAACUGGCGUGAGUGUAGUUGCAACGUGCAAGUUAGCGUGAAGUGUCGAAAAACAUUUGUCAGCUGACAUCGACAUCCUACCAACUAGGAUAACUGUAGACUCCAGAGGUAUAGAGUGGAGGAGCCAUGCCUUUCCUCCACGGGUUUCGUAGGAUCAUAUAUGAGUACCAGCCGCUGGUAGAUGCUGUCCUGUGUGUUGUUGGACUGGAGGAAGGAGACGGUACUCACGAGGACAGAGUCCGAAGCCCCGAGGAUCCGUCUGGUGCUUGUGGCUCUCUAGCGGAGCUUCUGGAGCGGGAGUCCCAGUCGGACGUGUUUGUGGAAGGCAUCAGCUAUGCCCUGUUUAAGGUGGCAGAGCGGGGACUGGUGACUGCAGCGGAAAUCCUUCUACGCUAUGGAGCUCAUCUAAAUUUUGAAGACCCAGUCUCUUACUACAAUCCUCUACACAUAGCCAUUUUGAGGAACAAGCCAAACAUGGUGAGGCUGCUGGUCGGGCACGGAGCGAGUGUUGAAAAGAGAGACAGGAUCCAUGAGAGCAGUCCUUUGGAUCUUGCCAGUGAGGAGUCGGAGAGGCUCGCCUGCCUGCUCACCCUGCUGGACCUCGGUGCUGAUGUGAAUGCAAUGGAUAAACAUGGAAAAAGCCCUUUGCUCCAUGCAUUGGCCAGCAGCGAUGGCCUCACCGUGCAUAACACAGAGAACAUCCAGCUUCUACUUCAGAGAGGUGCCGACGUUAAUGCUGCGACUGUAGAAGGUGAAACAGUUGAGUCCUCCUUGGUGUUUCUGGUGAAGGAGGCUCUGGAGGCCAACGAGGAGGACGCUGCCGAGAUCGGUAACUUCUGCUUGAAAACCACGCAGCUCCUGCUGGCUCACGGUGUGGACCCCAGCUGCUGUGUGAAUGAGGAUGGCGAGCCGUCCCUGACGCAGACGAGCCUGGAGCACUUUGACCUGCUCUUCCCUCUGGCUGUGCUCUUAAUCCAAAGAGGGGCCUCUUUGGUUUGCUCCUAUCACGGCGAGUCCUGUUGGUCAGGUUACAGCCUUCUUUUCCAGCAGCUGCAAACGGCCCUGCUGCAGUGCUCUGAUCAAAGUCGCAAUUCUGAGCUUCUGGAGCAAGCUGAGGCGUUGCUCGACUUAGCGAGGGUAGACGCCCCCAUGCUGCAUCUGCCUCUCAGGCUGGAGCUCCCUGUGCCCGGUCGGGACCCUCACCCUUACGCUCAGGCUCUGGUAGACCUGCACGACCGUGUGAUACAGCACGAAGCGAGCCCUCCCGCUCUUCGAUGCCUUUGUAGGGCAUUCAUAAGGAGCCAGCUACAGCCUUGGCCCUUGGCAGACAGAGUCAAAGCCUUGCCGAUACCCGACAGACUGAAAGACUUUAUUCUUCCUGAACGCACAUAUAUCCCAAAGCCCGGCUGGGACCGCUUCAAGCCCCAACAUAGCCAGCGCUGACAAUACUGACUACUUUGUGUUCUACCUAAAACCCAAAUCUAAAGACUGAGCAGGCCUGUAAUAAUUUGUAUAACAUGUCUGAGCAUAAAUGAACCUAAACCUAACAAACCAUUGAGGCCUUUGUUUAAUUAUUGUUGUUGUUUGUACCAAAUUAACAGACGCAUGUUGGUAUGUUUACUUUAAGACACAAAGGUGUGUCUGU